AUGGCCCCUGCUGACGACACAAAGGCCGCGGCCGCUGAGCCCAUUCCAUCCGCUCCCGCCGCUCCGAUGGAGGAUACUACCGCUUCUCCUGCGCCAACGCGCUCUCCGUCCACACGCAAAGCCAAGACGGCCACCGCGAUGAAAGAGACACCGAUUGAAGAAGCCCCAAAGGCCAAGAAACCUCGAGCUAAGAAAGCCCCAGCCGUCAAUCACGCGGGUGAUAGUGGCCAGUCAUAUUUUGAGCUCAUUGUAGAUGCCAUCAAGGAGCUAAAAGAUCGUAACGGGUCAUCCCGUCAGGCCAUUGGCAAGAUAGUAGUAAAGAAGAAGGAUAACUACGCCAGUCACCACCUAAACAAGGCUUUGCGAACGGCUGCAGACGCCGGCAAGCUCAUUCAGGUUAAGGGCUCGUACAAGCUGUCGCCCGAGUUGCGCAAGCCUGCGGCUUCAAAGAAAAAGAGCUUGAAGGUCUCGGAAGCAUCUGCUAAGACGGUUAAGCGGGUUGGCAGCGUGAGCACAAAGGCGCCGAAGGCUAAGAAGACGGCGGCUAAGAAGGUUGCUGCCUCAAAGAAAGUGGCAGCAAAAAUGGCACCGGCCAAGAAAGCGGCGACCAAAAGGGCAUCUACUAUGAAGGCGGUGUCAAAAAAGGCCCCGGCUGAGAAGGCAGGAGGCAAGAAAGCCACAGCUAAGACAACGAAGAAGACGGUCAAGAAGACAGCCAAGAAGUAA